AUGAGCGUCCAUCGCCUUUGCUGCAUUGUCCAGAGGAUUUUGCUCACUAGCGGUAAUGAAGGCUGCCAAGAUGCUCGCUUUAUUGCGCGUUGUCUAGCUUCGCUGGGUUACCUCGUCUCCAUGCGUUCAGCGUUAGCUGGUACUGGAGCCGACUGUUUCAAGUCCCUCCGCCACGAGUUUCUCGUCGUUCGCGGCCCUGGCGGCAUGGAAUUCAUCGUGGAGCCCUCCCUGCGGCCGCACUUCUCCAUCACGUACCCCUCACCCGAAUACGACUACGUGUUGAGCCGUACACCCGACGUGUUCGUGGGGGGUAGCUGCCGUCUGGUGCCGGUGGUGCAGCUGCUGUGUGCGCUCAUGGCCGACUCCUUCCAGCGACAGGGCCUGCACUUGCCGCCGUGGCGCACGAAAACGGCAAUGAUGAGCAAGUGGAUGCCUCAGCCACACCGCACUCGGGACACCCCCGUCCUGCCGCCUCCCAGCACCGCUGGCGCCACUGCCUCUGCACCCUCACCCUUUCCGUCGUCGGGCGACAUGACGGUGCGACAGACGAACGCCAUUGCCGAGAUGGAGGCGGCGGCGCUAUCCCGCGGUUAUAUUUUACCGGCUCCGCCACACCAUUGCGCCGCGCACGCGGGGGUCUUUGACUUGGCCGCCAUUGCUCGGCAGGUCUUCCGUACGGACAGCAGCGACGAAAGCACUGGCAGCAGCGGCGGUUUCGUUGGCCACAUCCCGCUAGGCCAUAGUCCGGUUUCCGUACUGCGAUUGCUGGCGGCGACGGGCGAUAUUCGGGACGGGGCGUCCGCCGCCGGCGGCCACGGCGGCCGCGGCGGUAGCAGGGCACUGCCCGCUGCCCCUGCAGCCGCGGGGGGCCCUAUGGAGGUACUUGCAGUGCAGCGCGGCUUUGAGCCCGUAGCGCAGGCCAUGGCAAACACCGCAACGCACGCGGAGCCGGCGGCGGCCGCAGCUGCGGCCGAGGUGACUGCCUUCGCCCCCUCUGAAUGCCGUACUGCUGAGUCGGCUGUCGCUGCCGACAUGGCAGAGCUUGCCGUCACGACCUCGGUGCCGCCGGUGGGCUUCGCAACGUUAAGCCAGUUGGAAGGUGGCCAGGGUAUCAGCCAGGACAUGAACAGUAUGGUCGUCAGCGAUUGCGUCGUCGUCGGCGGCGGCGGUGGCGGCAGCGGCACCUGCAGCACUGUUAGCGGCGGCGAGGGCGCACCACCACCACCACCAGCACCAGCGUCAAAGGGCAUCAUCGCAGCUGUCGGCAGGCGAUGCGGCGACGCUGUCGCCGCCGCGGCCGCCGAGCGGUGGGUUUCCCGGGAGUCGUGA